AUGAGAGCAUUCCGCUCAUGUGCGAGCGCCAUGGCAGCACGUCAGAAACCGCCAAGCGUUGCAAACCUGUCCCGUUCAAGGUGGUUCUGUGUCUCUGUCCUUGUGGAGCGGGAAGGGUCGAGGAUGGGUGGGGGGCAGGCGGCGCCGGUUACGAAGUUGGGCUUUGGAGAAGCAUCACUUUAUCGUUGGGACGAUAGCUAA